AUGAAUCCAAUAGAAAUAUAUCAAAAUAUGGUCAAAUAAGAUGCCGUGUAUCAUAUAUGAUUCAUAUUGACAAGAUUUGUGAACAACCACAUUUAAAACUCUUUUUCUAUUUUCAAACAAAGUGUUACUCAUCCUAGAAAUAUUUCAAACAAUAAAGUCAAUCAAAUUCAAGAAUCCUUUACUUCAAGACCUUAGAAUUAUGUUCCAUAAUAUCAAUUUAAAUAAUAAUCAUAUAGAAAAGUUGAAGAAUGGUAAAAAAAAUAAGACUUAUUGGUUAAAUUUUCCUAUUAAUAAAAUCACUUUAUUCCAAAUUAUCCUUAAAAAAUAUAAACUGAUCUAUCAUUAAGAGUUUAAAGGCAUUAUGACUAAAACAAAUCUGUGGAUCAAGUUUAAAAGAAUAAUAAAUUUUAACAUUAGGUUUAAAAAGAUUAUUAAGAUAAUUAAGCUUAUAUAAUUCCAUAAAUUAAUUUAUCUACUUAGAAUGUUAAUCUUAAAACUGAAUCACUUGAAUAAUCUAUUGUUUAAAUUAAGACAAAAAAUGAAGAAGUCAAAAAAAAAUCAAAUCUUAAAAGAGUUAAAAAUUAAACUGUUGAAAAAAAGACAGUAAAAAUUGAAGAUAUCAAAAAAUCAAACUCAAAAUCACCAGAGAAUUAAUCAUAAUCAAUAAAUAAACCUCCUUUGCAAAAAAUGAAAAAUGAAAAACAAUAAGAGCAAAACUCAUCUUUAGAAUAAAAACCUAGUAUUGAAACUGUUGAUUAAUUUCUAUAAAAGGCAAAAUGA